AUGCCAACCUGCAAUGAAACCAACAUGAGUCCUGCAACAUUCCUCCUGGCAGGCAUCCCAGGGCUGGAAGCUGAUGGCCCCUGGAUCUCCAUCCCUUUCUGUUCCAUGUACCUCAUUGCAAUUUUAGGAAAUGGUCUGAUUCUGUUUGUGAUAAAGACACAGCAGAAUCUCCAUGAGCCCAUGUACUUGUUCCUUUCUAUGUUGUCUGUCACUGACCUUGGCUUGUGUGUUUCCACCUUGCCAACAACGUUCAGCGUCUUCCUGUUUAACGCCAGAGAAAUUGGCAUUGAUGUCUGCCUGGCCCAACUUUUCUCUAUUCACACUUUCUCCGUCAUGGAAUCCUCUGUACUAUUAGCUAUGGCAUUUGAUCGCUUUGUUGCAAUACGCCACCCGCUGAGAUAUGCUUCGACUUUAACCAGUGCUAGGAUAGGAAACAUAGGGCUGGCGAUAAUAAUCAGGGGUAGUGGUCUGCAUAUCCCAUCUGUCUUUCUUCUCAAGAGGUUGCCCUACAGCAAGAUCCAACCGCUCUCUCAUUCAUAUUGUUUGUAUCCAGAUGUGAUGAAGAUGGCCUGUGCAGAUACUAAGCCCAGCAGCUUCUAUGGUUUGUUUGUUGUCCUUUCUUCUCUGGGUUUAGACUCAGUGCUCAUUGUCCUGUCUUACAUCAUGAUCCUUCAGACCGUACUGAGUAUCACAUCCUGGCAAGAGCGUCUCAAGGCUCUGAACACCUGUGUCUCCCACAUCUGUGUCACCCUGCUUUUCUACACCCCGCUGAUCAGUUUGUCUAUGAUUCUCAGGUUCGAGAAAAAGGCUCUUCCUCAGAGUCAAAUUCUUCUCUCUUAUCUCCACCUCCUCCUCCCCCCGGUGCUCAAUCCCAUUGCAUACAGCAUAAAAACCAAAGAGAUUCGUAAACGGAUCAUGAAGAUCUUUCAGAACUAUUCCACUAACAGACUCCAAUGGGGGCACUGA